GUUGACCUUAGUCGGCGCGGGACCCCAGCCGACGGACGGCCCAGCGAUCGGACGCAGGUUUUGACAGAAGAAGUUUGACAGAAGAAGAAGACAGAAGUUUUGAAGCUUUGGAUUGUCUGAGGGUGUUGGUUUGUGAAUUAGUGAGGGGAGAUCUUUUUACGCGUGAUUUGAUGCAACUUUUUUAUCGGCGGUGGACUGCUGAAUAAGACAGACUGAAUAAGACAGACUGACGGUGAAUUUAGAAUCUAGACCCAGAAGCUGGAAGCACGUACAUGUACAUGUACAUGUACAUGGAAGUACAUGUACUCGACGAAUCUUAUGGAACAAAUCGGAUCGGGAACAUUUGAAAGUGAACUUUGAAGCGCUGAAGACCGCUCGAAAAGUCCGAAGGGGUGCCGACGAUGAAGUAAUAGAGACCAGCGACUCAGUAGGUACCUGAAUCAAGUGACAGUCGACUGGAAUCUGUCCUGGAAAUUUGAAAAGUUUGAAUAAAUAUUCAGUCCAUCGCCUAUUCUUGACAGCCUACAGCCUCUGAAGUCGCCCACCUCUUUGACUUCCUCUGAUGGGCGGCAGCAGCGCCACCCUCGCCGUAUGAUCACCACGAAGCCGGGUAACAAAGUGGGCAGCAUGUCCGACUCCCGGCCCGCCUCGGUGAUACCGAGUAUAGCUCUGAACGUGCCACCGCCACCGGACAGGACGGGAGGCGAGAAUGGCGCCAAGGGUCCCCCGGCGCGGCGCACCAUGGGUAGUCCUGAGGAGCCCGAGGAGGCUUACUACCGACUGCCACCCAAGGACGUCCGCUGCCCUGUCUGUCGGGUGGGCGCUCUGAGGACCCGGUUCACCGCCUGUGGUGUGUUUCUGGCCGUCGUGCUGUUUCCGCUCGGCCUCAUCCCGUGCUUUCUGCUGCGAGAAAAGCGCUGUAACCACUGCACGCACCGCGCCGCACCCGGCGACCAGUCCUGGUCCGAGUGACGUCAUCUGCAGGCGUGACGUCAUCAGUGGCCGGUGAGGGAGGUAUUUUAGGUAAGGGUUGUUUGUGUGUGUGGUUAAUCGCAUGUCACGAAUAAUGGAAGCGAGAGGAAGUUUUUGGAGCAGAGAUUGGUGGGUUUUAUGGAUUCGAGGUGCGAGCAUAGACAAAGUGAAACGAUUUAAGCAGAGACUCUCAUUGAUUGAUGGACGAGAGAUGUGCGGCGAAAUGUCUAAUUGUAGUCUGUAAGUAAUCCGAUUACGUCAAGUUUGCAACAUUAACUGUAUAAGUACAUCAAUGUUGCCUUUUACUGAAGCUUUAGACUGCUAAGGGAAGGCAGCCCUCGAUUCUAAUCGGCUGAUGUGUUAUGCCUCUGUGUGAUGCUACUGGAAUAUUGACGUCAGUCGCAAGUAUGACGUGAUGUGAUUUGACUGACGCAAGGACGGUAACCGAGAUCUGCACAUUUUUAGAAAUGUUUGAAAUAUUGGUGUGAUUCAAUAUUCAUCACAGAGGCAUCGUGUCCAGCAUUUCAACGUCUAUUCUGAUAGUAGGUGUUCAGCAUUAAAUGCGCGUUUUCUUGGUCUUAAGCGAUGUGCGAAUGCGACGCUGACGUGCCUGCUAUAUGUGUCGAAUAUCUCGCUUCGACCCUAGCAGUGUGUUAAAGUUACACCGCUGAGGUCCAGUCUGAACGGCUAGGAACACAGUCAGAGGACGGACGGCCGGAACCGGGAAUCGAACCUAGGACAUCCCGACUACCGGGACGACGCGGACGCCUUUGCCCACCACGCUUGCCCACCAUGGUUUUCAGCCGUGGAUAUUCUCUCGUGAAGCGCUCUUUCGUGAAUUUCCGUGAAUCGUGAAUGACUUAGAUCAUGGCCCUGCGAAGGAUAAGGAUGUGAUUGUAAACCAGCGAUGUUAUCUAUCCGAUACCCAGAUUUGCCAUUCAUCGCAUCCACAUAACAUUUCCCACACAUGCGAGACCCGUUUUGUGGUUUUAUUCACGACAAAGCUUCGCCACAUCUUGCACUCGCUCCCGCGCUCUCCCCUCCUCUCGUCCCCUCCGACAGCCCCUCUUUCCCGAUAAACAUUCACAAAUCGAUCUAACAGGUCCGGGCGCCUCGCUCGCCGGCGCAGAGGUGACAACCGUGGCGCGAUGUCCAAUUUCGGCGCACGGAGGGUCCUGCGCCACUUUUGACACACCUUUGUCGCACACUAACAUGUACGAAAAUAAAUAUUUACAAUAGCGGACUUUGGGCGCGCGUGGAUCGUUUGACAGUGUAGAGGCGCAGACGACGACAAGACAGAUCGACGGAGCCCUCGACAAAGAGUCACGAGAGCAGUGGAUUCGCCACAG